UUUAAUUCGUGUCCAUGCGGUACAAUUUGUUUAUCUAUUUAUGUGUAUACUAUUUUUGAAUUUGUUUACAAAAAAAGAAAUGAAUUAACAAAGUAGCAGCUACACCAAAAUAAUUAGCUAUAAUGUCAACAUAAAUUACUGUUUUUGAAAAAUUGGAAAAAAAAAUUUGUGGAUAAUUUUCAUUAUCUUUGUUAUUUAUGGAAAAAAAAGUAAAACAUGUCUAGCACAAAAGGCACAUUGGGUAAAAGAGUUUUAGAAGUAAUCGAAGAUAAUUCAAUUAAAAAAGUGAGAAAACUUGAUAUUUCAUUUCUUCAAUUGGCUAUUAUAAAAGGCAAUAUAGAAGAUGUUAAAGAAUUUUUUGUCAGCGAAAAAGAUGAAUUUAAAUUGGAAACUAAUACAAUGACACCAUUACAUUAUGCAGCAAAAGGUGACAAUGUAGAAAUUUUAAAAUUAAUAAUUAAACAUGGCUAUGGGACAAUUAAUUCUAAAGACUGGAAUAAUAAGACACCAUUACAGUUAGCUUUGGAGAAUAACUGUAUCGAUAUUAUUAAAUGUUUAUUGGAAAAUGGAUUAGAUAAAUUAUCAUCAGUUGAUAUUCAAAAUCAUAUUCGAUCAUGUUUUUUAAAUAAUCAAUUAGAUGUUCUAAAAUGUUUCAUUAAAAAUGAAAUGAUUCCUGAUUCAUUUAUUCAUUAUGCCGUUACUGAAAAUCGUAUUGAAAUUUUAAAAUAUUUAUUGAAAUAUAAUAAAAUAAAUAAGAUACCUUCAAAUUUUUUCUUCAUUCAUAAAGCGGCUGAAAUGGGAAAUUUAGAAAUCAUGAAACUUUUUUCAAAUGCAAAAUUCAAUAUUAUUGGAGAAAAAAAUUAUUAUGGUCGAACACCUUUAUAUAAUGCUGUUAGUGAAGGACACUUGAAUGUAAUUAAAUUUCUCCUUGAAAGAGGAGCAAAAAAUGUAUUAUCGUAUAAAGAAUUUUGUGAUUUAAUUGAAAAAUGUAUUAAAAUCAAUCGUUUAGAUAUUUUAAAGUGCCUUCAUCCAAACGAUUAUAUUUCUCCACAAAUUCUUUAUUUUGCUGCAUCGAAUGGUCGUUUGGAAAUAUUAAAAUAUUUAAUAGAAUGCGGUGUUGAAAUAAAUUCCGAUUCAGAUACUCCACUUCAUGGUGCGGCUGAAUAUGGUCAUAUUGAAAUUGUGAAAUAUUUAAUAGAAACUAAUUAUCCAACGAAUAAUAAUCGAAAUUCAAAUGAUCAAAGUGCAUUAGAUUUGGCAUUAAUUAAAGGACAAUUAGAAGUGGUUAAAUAUUUUUUACAUAUUCAAUCAGUGGAAAUAAUAAAUGUAAGACAUAUUUUUGCUGUUCUACGAUCGGGUAAUUUACAACUUCUUAAAUUUCUCAUUGAUAAUGGUUGCGCUUGUAUUGAUACAAAAAUUGAAAGAAACAUUUCUCUUCUACAUUGUGCUUCAUUUCAUGGUCAUUUAAAUAUAUUGAAAUAUUUAUUAAAAAAUGGCGUUGAUGUCAAUCUAUUAACAGACGAUAAUGAAACAUCACUUUCUUAUGCAAUCACAGCAGGACACAAAGAAAUUGUUGAAGAACUCUUAAAAUAUGGAGCAGUAAAUAAAAAAUGUCACAUAGAUGCAAAAAAUGUUAAAGAUGAAAUUUUGACUCUUAUUGCAAAAGCGAAUCAUUCAUUGAAAAAUUAUUUUGGCCGACGAAAGCCAAUUCUCGUUGCUGCGGAAAUGGGUUAUUUUCAAUUAGUUGAAACAUUAAUUAAAUCUGGUGUUGAUAUUAAUUCACGAACAAGACGUCAAUUGUCUGCAUUAGAUCUUGCUGUAAUUAAUCGACAUUCAAAAGUUGUACGAAUUCUAUUAUCAGCUGGUGCCGAUCCAAAAGGUAAUUGUAAAAAUAAACAUAAACCACUGAAAUAUAUAAUUCGUCAAAAUUUAAAUAUGGAAUUUGAUACAUCACAAAUUGAAAUUCUACAAGAUCUUCUUGAUUAUUUAUCAAAAAAUGAUUUAGAACAAACAGUAAUAUCAUGUAUAAAUUUUGCAAUUAAAGAAAAAGCAUCAAUUAAUUUAAUUCAUGUGCUUCUUGAUUAUGAUUUUAAUAAUAAAUUCAAAUUGACAAUUAAUUCAUUGGAAUGUGAAAUUUCAAUAUUCAUAUCGCUUAUUGAUCAUAUACAAAAACUUGAAACUCUAAUUGAAUUUCAAGAUUUAUUAUUACAACAUUUGAGUCAAAGUCAAUUUUAUAUCAAUAAAACAAUUAAAAAGGCAUUGAUUGCAAGAAUAAUAUUUUUAAAAUCACUUCCUGAAAAUUCAAAUAUUGAUGAUAAAACAAAUGUGAAUUUUAUUAAAAUAUUUCAAAUUGAACAAUAUCAAAUAAAAUGCAUUGAAGAAAUUAGUUGCAUGAAAGCAAUGCAAAUUUCUCCAAAUCAAUCGGGAAUGACUUUCUAUGAAUUUCUUGCAAAACCUCUUCAUAAAUUGGAAACAUGCGUUUCAAAUGAAAAAUUAAUGGAAAAUUUAGAAAAUUCCACUUGUUUUGAAAUGUACGAGGAAUUUCUUAAGAGGCGAAUCAAAAGAAUUAGAGAUAGAAGUAAAUAUAUUGAUUCAUGCAGAAAGUCCCUUUAUUAUGUUGUUCGAAAUAAUCUUCAAAUUCAUCUUCCUAAUGAAAUUGUAGAUAAUAUUUGCGAUUAUCUAACAUUAUUACAAUUGAAGCGAUUGCCUGAGGCAUUUCCUGUUUAAAAAAAAAAAAAUAUAAAUUAAAAGAACAAAAUAAAAUACAAAUAUGUGAUAAGAGUCUUCGUUUUGUGUUAAAUAUUUAUUAAUAUAGUUUGAUACGAAAUUAUUUUUUCUUUUUUGUAAACACAAAAAAAAGUGUAUUUUAAUUAUUAUUUUGAUGAAAUUCGUUGAAGUUAAUAUUAAUAUUCGUUUUUGUUAAAAAUCUAUUUGUAAACUGAAUUCGAAAACAUAAAAUUCUUCAUUUUA